AUGUCCGCCGCAAGAACACUCCCCGUUAAACACUUCCAAUCGCUCCUCACCCGGUGGCCUGUCGACUCCCUGCGGCCGGACUGCCAGCUGCAGAACGUGCUGGCGAAGCGGCUGGGGACGGGCAAGCUUGCGCCAACGGUGCCGAAGACGUUUAAGAGCCAGGAGAACGCGGAUUUGGUGCAGUUCCGUCCACGACCGGACUUACUCGAGCCCAAGAGCAACCCGACUUACUACAAAGACGUGUUAAAAGAGAUUGAGGAGGCACCGCACCGGACGUGGUGGCAGCGGAUCGCGAAGAGGAUUACGGGUAUGAUUCGGCUGCAGUGA